AUUCUCAUCAUUUAACUGAACAGAGGACUUUACCUUUGCUUAAAAGGAAAUAUAAGUUUCUCUUCUAUACUUUGCCUUACCAAUGGUUACAGAGAAAUUAUAAAAAGAAAGAGACCAAAGUGGCCAGUUGGCAUCUUUAAUUUCCAAUUCAGUGGAACUGUUGUCUCCUGGUAGAAGAGGGAUGCUUCUUUCUUCUGUAUCUGAUUUUAAGCCAGAAGAUUAUAAGGUCACAGGAACUGGAAGCAAGUGCACCACCACAAAUAACACAUUAGUGGUGGAAGAAUUUAAUUGACUUCUGUCAACAUGCCAUUGAGGAACCAGAGAACAAUAAGCAGUCUCCAGACUCUGCAAUCCAGUGUGAAAUGGCACCACAUGGAGCACAAAGCUGCCAGUUUGUGGGAUGCAUACGCAGGACUGUUAUGUCAUCAAUCCAUGAUCCUAGCCACAAACUCCAGCUAUGUGGAUCCCUAUAUUCAAUUUGAAAUUCAAUUGCAUAUAAUAGAGGCAGCCUUUAAAAUGGUAUUUUCCAUACCACAACUUGAUGAAGUGAGAGGCUUGGGAACCUGUGCCGAGGACAUGGUGGACCUGGUGAGUUUAUAUCAAAAUAUUUUAAACAUAUAUGAAGACACUCUUCUGAUCUUAGUAUCUAAAGAUCUCUACAAGCUACAGAUCUUAAAGGAGAUGGCUGUAUGGAUGCAUGAAGAUAGUUCAUACCUGCAAGAGAGAGUAAUGGUGAUCAUCAGCAGGGUGUUAAAUUUCGCAUCAAGGAAAGUCAGGGAAUAUACAAGUGUUGAUGCUCCAUGUCUAGGUGUCUUGGCAGCAGAGCUGUCUCUUUUGUGUUCUCAUGAUGAUCCUUCAAUCACGUGCCAAGCAUCUUUGGGAAUGUAUCACCUCCUCUGCAUUGCCAAGUGUCAAAAUGCGGAUAUCGAAAAAAAUAAGCCAACAACUUGGGCUGAGCGUGGAAGCUGUUGCCUCCUGGAGUCUUCUCCUGAUGUAGAUUUUCUACCCAAGGUUUUGCAACGAAACAAAACUAAAAUUGCUCAGAAUGUCGGGCAAACCUUACUGCCCUCUUUGCUGACUGACUUCGUGUGGAGUCUUCUGAUGAAACUGUCUGAACCUGACUACAAAACUGCCUCAGAGGCGGCAUCCAUCCUGAACCUGACUCUGGAAAAUUAUGCACAGAAGGUCACCAUGGUGUCUAAGAUUGUGGAUGCAAUUUAUAAGCAAUUGAGUGGGAAUUCUUUUCAUAAUAUGAAGCAAGCCUUGUUGCGGGUCAUCACCUUGCUGACACGUACUUCACCCAAAAAGGUUAUCUUUCAACUCAUGGACUACCCAGUCCCAGCUGACAACACGGUGAUACUGAUGUGGCAAGCGGCAGGCUCUGAGUCAAGUGUGGCCCCUCACGUGCUGAAGACAAUCCUGCUGAUACUGAAAGGAAAGCCUGGGGAAAUGGAGGAAAACCAAAUGGACAGGAGACGUUUCUCUCUUGAUGCUACCAACAUGAUGCCUGUGGCGGCAUCCCAGGCCCUGUGCACUUUGCUCCCUGUUGGCUCUUACAAGAAAGCAGUGGCCCAGUUUUUCCCGCAGCUCUUGGUGGCCCUCAUGCUUCAGCUCUUCUACAGCACUGAGCUGAGACUGAUGCCAGAGGCCAGGCCCCUCUACGCACAAGAUGCCCUGAGAGUUCUGCUAAACUGUUCUGGAUUGCAAAAUGUGGAUAUAGCUCUAAAGAAAAAGAACUGCUGGAACCAGUUUUCCCAAGCUCUCUAUCACCAUCAUGGGGUCUACCUCGUUGCCAAAACUCUCAGUGACUAUAACUUUCCACAGUUUCCAGAGACCUUACAUUAUCUCUACAAGAUCUCAGUGGAAGGUCCUAGAAGGUCAGAAGACAGUAUCAUCACAACAAUAUUCCUUACUGAACUUCUGAAUAACUUCUUCAGGGACCCAUUCCCAGAGGAAUUUCUGGUCCUUUUCAGAAACUGGGUCAAUGAUUCCAACCCUGCGGUUUGCAAACUGAGCCUUCAGAAACUGGCCAGCAUGGCCCCAGUUAUCAAUGAGAUAGAAAAUGCCUGCAGCUUAUUAGUAGCCAUCCUGGGUGCCUUCGCUUCCAAAGACAAGACUGUUGUAAUUCGGGCCUUGGUCACCCUCCGAAGACUUCUAGGCAAACUGGACAAGAUGACCUAUUCCACGCUGUGUACCCAAAUUGCUUCCAGCUACUGUCCUCUGAUGGAUCAUGCCACAGCAGAGAGCUGGACUGGAAGAGGAGCAACCAGGACUAGAACCCGGCACCCAUAUGGGAUGCCGGCGCCGAGGCGGAGGAUUAACCAAGUGAGCCACGGUGCCGGUCCCAAGAGCAAUGGAGGUAUUCGGAGCAUGGCCAUUCGGCAUUUCGGCGAAUUACUCAGGGAUAUGAGUCAGUACAUGUGGAUGCUGAGCCCUGUGGUCCUCGGAGCUUUGGUGCCCCUUAUCCUGUUCUUGGAGGAUGUAGAGAUAAGAGUAGUUAAGGCAUGUAAAUACACACUGGAAAUAUGUGCCUCACAAUUAAAGUGGUCAACUUCCUAUUUCCAAAAGGAUAAAAAGUUCAAUUUUGAGAUGGUGGUGCUCAACAUCUGUAACAAUCUUAUUAUUUCCCAUGAGAGCUACAUUACAGAUUUGAUAUCUGAUACCUUAGGAUUCCUGGGGAGCUCACGAACAUAUCUGAAGAGAGGAGCACUUAUUUUAAUAGGAUAUUUGGCAAAAUUGGGUGGCCAUUUGCUGUUCAGAGAUGAAAUUGAAGUCAUGUUUGAGGUUAUUGAACGAGUGCUUCGGGAUGAAGACCCUGUGAUCAGGGAGUUGGCAGAAAGAACUCGUAGCAUUUUCAAGGAAAUUGCCCAUGGAAUGACCUCUUCAACUAUUAAACAAAGCUUUAGAAGAGUGAUUAAGUUCAUCUAUGUAAAAAAACUGAAGCCUCUUUACUAUUAUAAUUGGCCCCAAGAUGAAGAAGACAGCCCUACAGAUAUGAAAAAUGGCAAGGAAGGCUGUGCAGAAGAGACUGAAGAAGGCAUGAUUUACAAAGAAUUCAACAAAAUUUAGGAGCAUUACUUUUCUUUCCUUCUUGAUUGCUUUAGUCUAUUUGUAGAUGCUUUCCUGAAGGAUGCAAGAAUAUUCUGUCCCUUCUUAAUUCUCUAUUCAAAUAUAGAAAUCUGAAAAA